CCUCCAACUCCAAAACUUGGCACGGUCCAAUUUCACGAGUAGAACCCGUGCACUUUUUACUUGUGAAAUCAUCUGAUUAGGUACAUACAUUACGUAAGGCAAAUAUAAAUAGAUAACAAAUCCCAAAUGAAGAGAAAUCCGAACAUGGAGUUGAAAAAAAUAUGGACACGCGAGGUUAUAUAUCUGAAUUUUGAGCUAAGAACAUGAAGUUUUUGGCAGGAUGUCUCAUUGCAAUAUAAUAAUUUGCAUCGUUGCAAGCUUCAUACUUCCAUCCCUAGGAGAACCAUCAGUUUUCUGGCAGCAUAAGCUACAUAACUGGACCAGUAUUAUACCAGACGUACUGGACGAAAUACCAGAAAAUCUAGAAAAAUGUCGGGUAAUUUACCCUUCCGGAGCCGAGGUAAAUUUAGGCAAUUAUUUGUCUCGAAACCAAACUCACAAACAGCCUAACGUUACCUGGACUGCAAAUCAAUCAGAUUACUACAUUGUGGUUCUCGAAGACCCAGAUUCGCCGACUCCUAUGAGGCCUACAAUGAGAGAAAAUAUGUUUUGGAUGGUUGUAAAUAUCCCUGGAAAUAAUGUGAGCGCUGGAGAAACGAUAUUGGAGUAUCAAUAUCCGGCAGUUUCUCCUACGUCGGGGAUCCAUCGAAAUAUAUUUCUCGUUUAUAAGCAGCCUGGGAUAUUGAAUUAUACUCAAGAAAGAAAAAGUUGGAUACAUGAACGCGGAGCCAGGAAAAUUAGGCCUUUGGCAGCAAAAUAUAGUUUACAAGGCCCCGUUGCUAUUAAUUUUUUCCUGCAUCGUAUUAUAUGCAUGGCUUGGAAGAAUGAAACGGAGAAGCAAAAAUUACGCGAAAAAAUUUGCCCAUCUCAUGACGUGAUUAUGGCUAAACUAAAAUCUAUAUUCAAAGGUCAUCAAAUACCCGAUGUUUACUUCAUAGAAUCGCACGAACUGCCUUCGAUAGAAAGAGGUUACAAAACCAAAAUGUACGAUUUAAUAGGCCGAAUGAAAGAAGAAGAAAUCAUACCGGAUAUUCUAAAAGAAGAUGAAGCUCCUUUAAGUUUUUGUCGAAUCUUCUUCACCUCCAAUUACACUUAUAAACUGUUCACCGACGAUAAAGGACUAUCAAACGAUACAAUUUUCCCUGGAAAAGAGAUCCGAGGCAUGAGAUGUCAACAUCAGCCACUAGUUACUUGGAGGAGUGUGCCAGAAUUGAAUUACACUCUCGUAUAUGUUGCUUUGGAUGUUCCUCAUCGAGGUAAUCCGUUCGCCGGACCUUUUUUACAAUGGUUAGUGGUCAAUAUUCCCGGAAAUAAUGUAACUGCUGGAACAACUGUGGCUAAAUAUACCGAACCAGGUGGUGAACGAAAAGGAUUACAUCGACAUGUAUUCCUAAUUUAUCACGAACCACCGGCGACAGUUUUCAACGAAGUUGACUACGAUAAUUGGACGCUGCCUUACCGAGAACAGUUUUUCCCACAGAAGUUUUCCAAAAAAUAUGGACUGGGUAAUCCAUGGGCUGGAAACUUCUUCAUGUCACCCGAUUAGUCAACACUUCAACAGUCAGCGAACAAUGAUACGUAGUAUACGUACAACAACCCAACAGUAUUUCAAUUUUUGAUAGAAAAUAUUCGUUCCAACCAUUAAUUUCAACGCAAACUCAAUACUCAUAUGGAACAUGGAAUGGUUUCCACUUACAGAUGAUGAUAAAUCACUACUUUAUGUUUGGUCGUAAUACUCGUAAUACACAUUAUCAUUAAUAGUUAUUUAAA